AUGCCGAUAAAUAGGACGCCAGUCAGACGGCCAAUUAAUCUUCCAUCUGACGUUUCUGCCAGGCGGAAGGAAGUUUCCUCCCCUAUUGAGGACAUACAGUCUAGCUUGCUCUCCUCUCCAUGUCCCGAGUCCAGUCCAUCUUCGACUCCUACACUUAGAUUUGAGGAGGAUCCCUUUUCACCACUGAUGCCUACUACUUCGAACAACCCACCUGGUUCCCUUUUUUCCUCAUGCCCGACAACAGAACAAAAGCCACAACCAGAAUGCCUGGAGAAAAUCCAACAACUAGCUUUGAGUAUCGCGAGCACGCUACGAUUCUCAAAAAGCGUCACGGCUGAAAAUCGUAACAAGGUCAUUGAAAUAGCUCAUGAAAUUGCUAAAUUGGCAAGUGGUACUAUGGCCGCCCAGCUAGAGGUCGCUACAGACACGCUAGAUGUUCUGAAAAGAGAAAUUGGCUCAGUACGUGCAGAUGUGAUGGACAUAAAAAAUAUCUUAACGGCCGGCACUUCUGCAUCUGCAGACUCUCACGAAGGUGCAACAAUUGCCGGUGAGGUAGUUGAAGGAGUUCGCAAAGAAAUCGACAAGCUUGUCACCUACGAGCGUGCCCUCGCGUCGUGUACAACAACCUACGCUGACAAGGCUAGGAUCAUCCCGCCUAAGAAGCCGGCUGCAUCCAGACCAGCAAUUAUAGUAUCAUCAACUGACCCCGCUGGAUCCUCAGCUCACUACACUCUGAACACUAUUAGGAAGAAACUGCUCUUUAGGAAUAUCGGUUAUACCCCGUACAGAGUAGCCACAAUUACGCAUGGCCGAGUUCGACUCGAGUUUGACAACACUCAGCAGCAGAAAGACACAUUGGAAAGACUCAAGUCCAUUCCGGAACUACAGGCCGAGUCCGUCAAGAAAAGCCUCCCUUUGAUCAUUCUCAAAGGAAUUCACAAGGACCUGCCCUCAACAGAAUUGAUUGAUACCUUACUCGAUCAAAAUCCAAGCGUUAAAGAAGCAGCAACCUCAGAAACGGAUGCCCAGUUAAGUUUUUUGAAAAAUAAUAGGAACCCUGUGUUAUAUAACGCCGUCCUACGAGUUACUCCUGCCAUCUGGAGAGCCAUUAUGACCUUGGAAAGGGUCAAUUUGGACUUUCAACGCGUUAGAGUAGAUAACUUCUCCCCGUUUAGGCAAUGCUUUAACUGUCUAAAGUUCGGCCAUACUCGAGCUAAAUGCGAUGCCAAGGAUGUCUGCUGCUCUCAUUGCGCUGGCGCUCACGCCAUCAACGUCUGCCCUGUUCGCAACGACAACAGUAAAAUAUGCUGUGUUAACUGUAACGCUUACAACCAAAACACUAGAGCCAAAGUAUCAACGUCCCACAGUGCUACAUCUAGUUCCUGCCCUAGGAUUUUAGCUGUAAGGGCACAACAUGAGCUUAUGCAGAAUUUCAACUCGGGCAACUACGACGCUGCGCUUAUAUGUGAGCCCUAUACCGGUAGUAGAAACUUCAUGGGAAACCCAUAUGACCAUCAUAUUUUUCAAUAUCCAUCUAACUCUCGAGUUAAGGCUUGUAUCGUCAUAAAAAAGGGUCUUAUUAGCGCUAUUGGAUUAGCAGAGCACUCAUCCGCCAACGUUUGCACGAUCCAAGUAAAUACGGCUGGCAAGAAACUUUUCCUUAGUUGCGUUUAUUUAGAACCUAGAUAUGGCAAUCAGGCAGACAAGCACACUACUAUGACUGGACCACAGGCGCUAUUAAAGCUGGAAGCUUUUAUUCGUACUACUGCCGAUGCUAUGCAUUUGAUUUGUGGAGAUUUUAAUGGAUGGCAUACGGCAUGGGGCUCUGCUUCUGUCAAUUCAAGAGGCAAUGAAAUCAUGGAUUUCAUAAUCGCCAAUGACUUGAUCAUCUGUAAUCAAGGCUCAGAACCCACAUUCACAACUACAACGCACGGGCAAUUACGGGAAUCCAUAAUCGAUCUCACACUGGCGACUGCCGGAGCGUCUCCCAGAAUGCGUAACUGGCAAGUUAACAGAGAGAUUUGUCCAUCAUCUGACCACCAUGCCAUUGAGUUCGUGUACACAAUCCGAGGGCGAGAGCUUCGUUGUAACCAAACCACCACCACAUACAGAUUUAAUACUAACAAUAUCGAAUGGAACAACCUCAAAGCACCGUUCAUGGAUCAUCUAAUUCAAACUGAAAUAACGACUCAAAACGUUGAAGCCAUGAACGAGGAACAGCUGGAAAGCUUUGUAGUAACUUUUAUCAGUGCUAUUCAAGCUGCAUGCGAGAAACUUCUGCCUCGAUUUCGUGCCCGAGCUCCGCGAUGCCCUUGGUGGAAUAAUGAGCUUCAGAGUAAAAAAUUAGAGGUAGUAAAAAACCACCACCUUCUACAACGUCUCAAGCGUAGGGGAAAACCUAUGGAACAAGCCCUGGCAGAGAAGAACCGGCUUAAAGAGGAAUACUCUAAGAUGUUUAACGAGGCCUCCACACGACACUUCAGACAAUUUUGUGCUCAACAGGGUAAAGAGGAUGUCUGGGCGGUCACCAAUCGCAUAAUUAAAUCUGUUCCAGCACCUCAGCCACCCUCUACCCUGAGACUGCCGGACGGUACAUACACCCAGAACUCAGUAGAAACGGCAAAGGUACUGCUCGACAGAUUUUUCCCGGAUGACACGCCAGAUACUCGAGAAAUACAUGGAGUACGGCGAAUCGAGUCAAAAUAUGAACCACACACUGAGCCGGAGCCACGGUAUACGACUGACGAGGUCCAUAGGGCGAUUAGUGAAAUGAGUCCGAGAAAGGCACCUGGUCCUGACCACCUCACAGCGGACAUUUGCCAGUUCGUAGUGGAAUGUUUUCCUGAACUAGUAACAUCUAUUAUGAACAGAUGUCUUACGUUGGGGUAUUUUCCAAGAGUAUGGAAAUCUGCUAUCAUUAAACUAAUUCCCAAGUCCGGCGGAGGGGACUUCUCAGAUCUUUCAUCAUUAUCAUUUCGUCCCAUAGGUCUUCUCAAUUUAUUUGGUAAGCUCUUGGAAAAGCUCACAAUCGGCAGAUUAUCUUUUCAUAUGCACGCGAAUAAUAAUUUUAACCCAAAUCAGUACGGCUUCAAAUCUCAAACGUCAACUGUUAACGCCUUAUAUGACGCCAUCGACCAUAUCAGACAAGGCAUUGCGAGCGGUCACCAGGUAGCCGCUGUGUCUCUUGAUAUAAAGGCAGCUUUUGAUAAUGCCUGGUGGCCGCUCAUCCUCUGUCGUUUGCAGCGUAUUGGUUGCCCCUCCAACAUCUAUCGACUGAUGGCCAGUUACUUGGAGGAUCGUAUCGCUACUUUUAAUUAUGCAGAUACCUCGAUUAAUAAACUACUUACUAGAGGAUGCAUCCAGGGGUCGGUCUGCGGACCUUUCCUCUGGAACUUGAUUCUGGAUGAAUUACUGGAAAUGGAGCUUCCCAUUGGCUGCAGGCUGCAAGCAUAUGCCGAUGAUGUCCUGCUUGUAGCUACAGCUAAGAAUGAAAGCAAGUUACAGGAAAUAAUCAACACUGCUUUAGAGCAAAUACAGGAAUGGGGUCUUGAUGCCAAACUGACUUUCAAUCCAGUCAAAACGCAAGCGGUAGCAUUCACUACUAGGGCCGCUCGAUGCAAUCUUUACAUGAAUGCACACCCCAUACAGUUUCACGACUACAUAAAGAUACUAGGUAUAAAAAUUGACCGUCGUCUCAAGUUCACGCACCACGUCAACCAUAUCAUAAAUAAAGCUAAAAAAUUGUUUUCCAAAUUAAUUAUAUUUACCAGGCCAACUUGGGGUAUUUGCUCUGAGAAUAUCAAAAUUAUCUACAAUCAGGUGAUACAGCCAAUUAUCUGCUACGGCGCUUCCAUAUGGCACUCUGCGCUUAAAUAUAAAUUUUGCCAAAAAAAGCUAAUAUCCUUGCAGCGUGGCUUUGCCGUGAGAAUAGUGAGGGGCUUCCGAACACUGAGCACAGAGGUCGCUAUAAUUCUUGCUCAACUCACACCCAUUUGCUCUAAAGUGGAAGAAGUGGCAGAAAUUGAAAGGGCUCGAGUGACUCGGGCGACUAAGAUUUUACCCGAUGCGAUCCAGUGGGACUCCCCGGCACCCAUAAGCGAUCUGCUACAUCCAGCACUGCGAAAGAAGAUUAGUUUCGCCGAGGUCACUUCCACCGAAGAACUCACGACAUUCCUAGAUCCGCAAUGUUAUGCCGUGUAUACAGAUGGCAGCAAACGAGAGGAGGGUGUAGGAGCUGCUAUAGUCGCUCAUCAUCUUAAUAGAAAAUUGUAUACUAAAAAACUAAAGCUUCACCCUACUUGUUCUGUGUUUCAGGCAGAGCUCCUGGCCAUUAAGCAUGCUUGCGAAUGGGUUCUCAAAGGUGAGCAUACUCCGGCUGUAGUAAUGUCCGACAGCAAGUCUUCCUUAAUGGAAAUUAGCAACCCAAACAGCACCAACUCGCUGGUCGUCGAUAUUCACGCAUCUUUACAUGAAGCUGAUUCACGAGGCUUGACAAUAUCCUUCGCGUGGCUCCGCUCUCACGUCGGAAUCGACGGCAAUGAAGCAGCAGAUACUGCCGCUAGAGCCGCGGCUGUGGGACGCUCCGCGACUGCAUUCUCACUAUUCCCUAUGUCCUACGUAAAACAUCAUUAUCAAACACUGGGCAAGGAUGCAGAGAGACGGAUGUUUGAAGACCCUAACAAGUGCUGCCACCUAAAAAAGUGGUGCCCAUCAUUUGAUAUACUCCAAGAGGUCCUAAGCGUAUUGAAACCUGACUUUUACAUUACACAACUUUUAAGUAACCAUGGCUAUCAUAAGGAAUACCUUUGCAGAUUUCAUAUAACAACUGAUGAAUUAUGCCCAUGUAAUAACACCGACAUUCAGAACCUUGAACACCUCCUGAAAUACUGUCCCCGUUUCGCCAGCAGCCGUUUAAAUCACCAACUAGCGUGCCAACUAUUAAACAUUACGGAACCAUACUCUCUUCAGCACAUAAUCAAGAAGGAAAACAGUACUAAUUCAUUCAAAACGCAUUUGGUAAAUAUAAUAGAUAGCCUAAAGGCAUUUAAUAACACGUAA